AAUUUUUUUUUUUUUCUUUCCUACAGCAAUGGGGCCCUUACCAUGGACCAUUAAUGCUGAGAUUUAUCCAUUAUGGGCACGCAGCACAGGAAAUGGUUUGGCAGCUGCCACCUGCUGGUUAUGCAAUCUAAUUAAUUCUGUAUCGUUUUUAUCCCUCAGUGAAGCCAUCAACAGCUACGGUGUGUUUUAUCUACUGAGUUCCAUGGCGGUCACAGGAGCAUUGUUUUGUUACUGUCUCUUACCAGAAACCAAAGGAAAAUCACUUGAAGCGAUUGAAAUUUUAUUUAUGAAAGACAGAAAGAAGUUAGGCAAUGAUGAGCAGCAGGAUUUAAAGGAUCAAUAUUGAUUUCUCUGUCAUUAUAUUCUUAGCCAUCACCCAUCUGUCUAUCUAUUUUAACCAUCUACCCAUCUAUCUUUCUUAUCCACCUACCCAUCUACCUAUCUAUUUUAGCCAUCUGCCUGUGUACCAAUCUACACAUAUGUCAAUUUAUACAGUUAUCUCAUUAGCUGAUUCACUGCUUGUACAAGCUAAUUAUGUCCUUCUAUCCACUCCAAUCUACUCUCCUCUUAAUUGUAUUACCUAUCUCACCUGAUUAGAUCUCCAUUCACAUUCUUUAUCAACUCAGUCUUAUAUAUCCAAUCAAUCUCCACUCCCAUCAUCUAUCAAUUUAGUUCAACAAUAAGUCAAUCUCCACUGUUAUCCUCAAUCAACUUAGUUCAACUUCAAUCAGUGUCAAUCCAUUUCAUUUGUUUCCAAAUUAUCAUUUGUUUCCAAAUUGUUAUUUUGUUUCCAAAUUGUUAUUUUGUUUUAAUUGUUAUCCUGCUCCUCACAACAGAAAUAUUAGCAAGAAAGAAUUUGUUUUUUACAAAUAAAAAAAUUGAAAAAGUGGGGAAAUACUAAAAUAUCUUAUUUUUCUUUUCUCUAUUCCUGCUGUCAUUAUAUUUACCCAUUGUUCUUCUUAAAAAGAUAAGAUAUCUACAAGUUACAGUCAUUCGAGUCUAUCCAACGAACCUCCUCAACUCCUUUUCCAAAAUAUGGUAACUUCUGCCAAUGUCAGAGAUAAUAUUUCUCCCAAACUUUCGAGGAAUUUCAAAUGAGAAUCACGGAAAUAUUUUUCUUUUUUCCCUUUUUGUUUUUUUGGGUUUUUUUUUUGUUGUUGUUAAAUUGUAUGUUUUGAGUUUCUUGAGAAAAGUUUUCGCAAAUUUUUUCCGGGGAGUGAUGCUUCAAAAUAAUUAUAAAUAAAUAGCUAAUUACUUAUAGUAAUUAACUUUAAGAACA